UUUCAUUUGGAUUAGUGUACAAACAUUGCAAAGUCAAACUCACCACUAAGUGCAAAGAUUUCACUGUCCUUCACAGCACAGCUCACACAUCAAUAGACAGCAGAGGACUGAAUGAGAAUGCUCUCUAGCUAUUUUGUGGUUAACUUGCAUGCCAUGUGUAUUUUUGUCUUAUCCCACUAUGCCCUGGAUGGCAGCCAUGUGUCAGACGUUCACAUAAACAGUAACCAAAUCCUUUUCUUUGUUCACAGUUUCAGAGAUCAUGAUCAACAACAGAUUGGAGCAUUAACCUGCAUUACUAGUUCAUCCGUCUGAGGCAGAAUGAAUAAACUCUUUAGAUUCAAAUUUAGAGAUGAGUAAAACAGACAAAUGAGUGGCAACCAUGUAAACAAAGUGUGAAUGAAGACGACAGCCAGCAAAAUAAUUCAGUGAAAUGAAAAGCAGGGCUGUAGUUUGACGUGCCUUUUUAUAGAGACCAUGGCCUGCAGUCACAACGCUGACUUUCAAAUUUCAGCCACCUGUUAGGAGACAGCUUCCACCACAGAGUGGAAAGUGGGUCCCUGACUGGGAAUUGGAAACAAGCGUGAUUUGAACAUCCCGUCACAAUUUGUCAAAAGGGUCACACAUUUCUCGAUAAAUUCCAAACAGAAGCAGCCAGAUCCCAAACUCAUAACAGCCCUCUGUAUACACUUUCAAUUCAUAACUGUGGAUUUUUCUUUUAAAAAAUAAACAUGUUCCGUGUAUGCAGAACCUGCCAAAAGUUUGAGCACAACAACUGCUGUGCUAUUUAUUUUGAUUUGAUGAUGCAAUGAUGUGUUGCAUGGCAACAGAAUUCUGCAUGUCGUUGCUGUGUAUACUUACCGAUUUGAAUGUAAACAAAAAUACAACAAAUCUAAAAUAUUUCCUUGCCAGUUUUGCUACAAAAACGGAGAUCAACUUUAUCUUCUUGCUAAAAGAAGACCAAACAGCAUUUAGGAGGUUCUGGUUUGUGUUGAUCGUCAAGAAGAAUGGUGAACAAAGAAUUUGAGGAGCAAUUCUCAGAAAUGACUGCCGCAAUUCUUCUGAUGCCCAAGGAGCUAAAAAAGGAGAUGGCAGCUGAGUUUAGAGAGCAGCUGAAAGAAGUGAAAGAAAGUCUCCAGCAUGACAUGCUGCUCAUGGAGAAGAGGCUGGCAGACAUAUGUCUGCUGAAAAAAAAGCAUGACUGCAUGGAGACCACCAAUGCAGAAGAUGAUGAACCGACUCUGAGCGGUAGCUCAUCGGAAACGGAAGAUGAGACCAACCAAAUACUCAAGAAAUUAACACACCAUCAGACUGAUUAUUUCUUAAAGCUUUCCUUUGAUGCUUACAGUGGUAGUGACUCCAGUGACUGUGAAAACUGGGAUGAACAGGACAAACAGGUCCCCAGUGGGACUCUUGACGGCUUUCAGGCUGCAAGUGGGACUAAGAAAAACAGCUGUUCAUCCUUUGAUUCUGUGGAGUAUGAAACCAGCCUAAUGAAGGAAUAUACAGAAGAAAAGAACAAGAGGAGCCCAUCCAACAGAAUAUUCAUGACCAAUAUUCCAAAAAGCACAGGGGAAGGAGUUGAUGCCAGCAACAUAAAAGACACCGAGGCUUUGCUGAUGGAGGCACAGUGGAAGAAAUGGAUGGAUCAGCAGGAAUUCAAAGGAAGCUUUCCGAAAGUCAAAAGACGUGAAAAAAGGAAUACUCGAGACCAGAAAGGGUCAGCUGACAAUGAAUUAAAGAAAGAAACAAAGCAAAGUUCGGCAGCUGGACAGGAGAGGAGCGUGAAGAAAAUAAGGAGAAAGCUCUGUAACUUUUUUGAUUUUCAAACAUCUUAUAAGUGGCAGAAACUAGAAGAGGACUGAGACUCAAAUUUGCAAACUUUAAGUUUUCUUGAUACUUUAUAAAAUGUAAAACUUUGUUUGAGACAUUUAAAUCAGAAACAAGUUUUUCUUUGCUUGAUGUUUGUUUUUAAGGAAAUAAAGUACAAAACUGUG